AUGCAUCUUUUUUUAUUUUCAUCAUGUUUAUUCUUGUGUGCGGUGACGUCAUUCAUUCAACAAAGACGCCAUUGUUACUUUUCCAACAUGGCAGCACAACAUCCUUGUGGGCGUGGCUCACUUAGUAGUCUUCUUGUUGGAUGACACGUCUUCUUUUGUUGGACGCAGUCUUCUUCUUCUUCUUCUUGUUGGACGCAGUCUUCUUCUUGUUGGAUGACACGUCUUCUUUUGUUGGACGCAGUCUUCUUCUUCUUCUUCUUGUUGGACGCAGUCUUCUUCUUGUUGGAUGACACGUCUUCUUUUGUUGGACGCAGUCUUCUUCUUCUUCUUCUUGUUGGAUGAGACCGCCAUGAUGCGCGCGAAACUUUGUGGAACAAACUACCCGGCCAGCAUCUGCUUCAUCGUGGUCAACGAGUUCUGUGAGCGCUUCUCCUUCUACGGCAUGAAAGCCGUGUUGACGCUCUACUUCCUGUCUUACCUGCACUGGGACCAGGACCUUUCCACCGCCGUCUACCACGCCUUCAGCAGCCUCUGCUACUUCACACCUGUCCUGGGGGCGCUCAUCGCAGACUCCUGGCUGGGCAAGUACAGAACCAUCAUCUACCUGUCCCUGGUCUACGUCCUGGGUCACGUGGUCAAGUCUCUGGGUGCUGUCCCCCUGCUGGGCACCACCACUGUUCACAUAGGGUUGUCCAUGGCGGGCUUGGUCCUCAUCGCCUUUGGGACGGGCGGCAUCAAACCCUGUGUGGCCGCCUUCGGGGGAGACCAGUUCCCUGAGGAGCAGGCCAGCGAGAGGAUGAAGUUCUUCUCCAUCUUCUACAUGUCCAUCAACGCUGGCAGCCUGCUGUCCACCAUCAUCACCCCCCUGCUCCGAGGAGACGUGAAGUGUUUUGGACAAGACUGCUACGCUCUGGCCUUUGGCCUCCCUGCCGCCCUCAUGAUGGCCGCCUUAGUGGUGUUGAUGUCAGGCAGCAGACUGUACAAGAAGAAUCCUCCUGAGGGCAACAUCCUGCUGGAAGUCUGCAAGUGUGUGAGCUAUGCCAUCCAGAAGCGCUGGAGGAGGUCCAAGCACGAGUCCAGCAGGAGGCACUGGCUGGACUGGGCCGAGGACAAGUACUCGAAGCGUCUGAUCACGGAGAUCAAGAUGGUCCUGAAGGUGUUGGUGCUCUUCAUCCCUCUGCCAAUGUUCUGGGCUCUCUUCGACCAGCAGGGAUCCCGCUGGACGCUGCAGUCCACCAGGAUGAACUUGGGCUUUGGGGUCUACGCCAUCAAACCUGAUCAAAUGCAGAUGCUGAACCCUCUGCUCAUUCUGGUCUUGGUACCCAUCUUUGACCUGCUGGUCUACCCGCUGGUUGGCUGCAGGAUCAACAUCACCCCGCUGAGAAAAAUGGCCACCGGGAUGGUUUUUGCGGCGCUAGCUUUUGGUGCUGCUGCCCUGGUGGAGGUCAACGUUAUGAAAACGGCGGUGCGUCCGGCAUCAGCGGGCACGUGUCUGCUGCAGGUCUUCAACUUGGCACCAGGGGGCGUGUCUCUCCACUUCCCUGCAGGAGACCCCUUCCCCGAGCCCCUCCCCUACCUGCAGGACUCUGCGCACUACCUGACUCUGCCACUAGGGGCGCCCAGCAGCACGCUCCGCAUCCACGUCCGCCGCGACGGCUCGUCCUCGGAGUGCGACGUGACGUUUGCCCAGCAGGAGGCGUACAGUCUCAUCCUGCGGCCCUCCGCCAACGGGACAGCGUGCUCGCUGGUGCACGACCACAUCCAGAAGGACGACGAAGGUGCGCCUCUUCUCAGGUUCAUCAACACGCUGCAGGAGGCGGUCCAGGUGACGGUAGCAGAGCAGGUGUUCCAGGUGUGGUCACAUGACAAGGUGUCAGCCAAUAAGACGGUCCAGCGGGGAGAGUACAACAGGGUGAGAUGUUGCCUCAGCUCCCAGGCCUGCUCUGACCUGGACCUGGGUCUUCUGGACUUUGGAGGGUCCUACACCGUCAUCCUGGUGGAGGACUCGGGCAGGGUGGUGGCCCACAAGAUGGUGGACGUGCAGCCCAACCACGUGCACAUCGCCUGGCAGGUGCCCCAGUACCUUCUCAUCACCAUGGGUGAGGUCAUGUUCUCCAUCACCGGCCUGGAGUUCUCCUACUCGCAGGCCCCCGCCAACAUGAAGUCGGUGCUGCAGGCCGGCUGGCUGCUCACCGUCGCCUUCGGGAACAUCAUCGUCUUGAUCGUGGCGGAGGGGGCGGGGCUAGAGCAGUGGAAAGAGUUCCUGCUGUUUGCUGGGCUGCUGUUGGGCGUCUGCAUCAUCUUCUCCAUCAUGUCCUACUUCUACACCUACGUGCGGCCUCAGCAGGUGGACACCCUCUACCUGCAGGACCAGGACCAGGAUCAGGAACAGGACCAGGAACAGGACCAGGACCAGAGCGACGACACGCUGCACAAGAAGGGAAGUGACAAGGAGGUGGACAAGAACACUAGACUGUAGACUGGGUGAGGAACAAGUGAUUCCAUUUUGGGGAUGAUCCGGAUCACCUUCUGGAUUCAACCUUUUUUUUUUGAAGGACUCUUUAUUAGAUGAGAUGAGACCUGGUGGAGGUCUACACAUACUCUGAAGAACUGACCUGGUGAUAUCAGGACAUCUACACAUACUCUGAAGAACUGACCUGGUGAUAUCAGGACAUCUACACAUACUCUGAAUAACUGACCUGGUGAUAUCAGGACAUCUACACAUACUCUGAAGAACUGACCUGGUGAUACUGGUGAAGGUCUACACAUACUCUGGAGGACCUAAUGGAAUAGAAUGUAGCACAGGUGUAGAACAUCUCAGGGAGGAUCAGUGGAAACAGGAAGCACCUGAGAUCACUUUUCAGCUUCAUGUCAUUUACACUCGUUUUAUUUCUACUAAUGAUGCAACAUGGCCACUGUGUCGUUAUAGGGAUUGUGUGUACAACAAAUAAUUGAUUUGAAGGCUGCAACUUAACAGAAUGUGUAAAAAGUGAAGCAGUGUGAAUACUUAUGUACAUGACAUGUAUUGUUUUUUUUAUUUCUCAUACAAAAAAUGUAAAAAAAAAAAAAGUCACAUUGUCAUUGUGGGGAAUUGUGUGUCGAAUUUUCAGGACAAAAAUGAAAGUAUUGCAUUUAGGAAUAAGUAACAGAAUGUUCUGGCAGUAAGACAUACCAUUCAACUAUUUACAGUAUUUACUUUGAUAUAACAAUAACAAUAUUUCAUUUUAAAAACAGUAUUUAAUAAAACAUUUAAUUCUCAAACAAUGAUAUUUAAUCAAACAAUAUUUAAUUGCAUAAACAAUAUUUCAUUUGAAAAAGAAUAACAUGUAAUAAUAUAAAACAAUAACAAUAUUAGUUGUGAUGUUUUAUUA